CUCCACGUUAGAUGCGUGCGCGCAGAGGGGCGGCCCGAACGCGCUUACUAGUUAUACCUUAGUUUAUUAAGCUUAUUUAUUUAAUAUUAAGUAGAGUGUAGUGUGGCGUGACUCGUGAGUUGAUGGGGCUAUCGGAUCCAACGAACAACGUAAGGAAAAUCUAAAAUGCCGAAAUUAAAAACUAUUCUCGUAACGGGUGGAGCGGGCUACAUUGGCAGCCAUUGCGUGGUGGAUCUGCUGGAAGCCGGACAUGACGUCAUUGCGAUAGACAACUUUGCAAACGCAGUAGGUGAUGAAGAUGGAUCCCCGGCAUUGAGACGAGCUGAAGAGAUCACGGGAAAGACGAUCGUGUUUUACAAAGCGGACUUACUGGAUAAACCCCAGAUUAACGACAUUUUUGACAAGCAUAAAAUUGACUGCGUAAUCCACUUUGCGGCGUUGAAAGCUGUCGGAGAAUCGAUGCAACAACCACUUCUAUACUACCAGAACAAUCUACUUGGGAUGCUCAACUUACUAGAGAUUAUGCGUGCACAUGAUUGCUACCAAAUGGUGUUUUCGUCAUCCUGCACGGUGUAUGGCGAGCCAGAAUUUGUGCCGAUCACGGAGAAUCACCCUACAGGCAGCAUCACUAACGUCUACGGGAGAACUAAGUAUUUUAUCGAAGAGAUGCUGAAAGAUUUGAGUGCUGCUGAUAAGAAAUGGAACAUAAUAGCGCUCCGGUACUUCAACCCGGUGGGCGCGCACCCGUCAGGACUAAUAGGCGAGGAUCCCACCAAGGAGUUCACCAACCUGAUGCCCUUCAUGGCGCAGGUGGCUCUGGGCAAGAAACCGGUUCUGACCGUCUUCGGCAACGAUUAUAAUACUCCUGAUGGAACUGGUGUACGAGAUUACAUUCACGUGAUGGAUCUGGCCAGCGGGCACGUAGCAGCGCUAAACUUACUCGCUGGCAACCAUAUCGGUCUUAAAGUAUAUAACUUGGGGACCGGCAAAGGCGUAUCUGUCAAGGAGUUGGUCGACAUUUUCGAGAGCGUGACAGGCACCAAGAUCCCGUUGAAGUACGUGGAUAGAAGACUUGGCGACAUCACGGCGUUGUGGGCUGACGCUUCCCUCGCCAAGGAGGAGCUCGGAUGGAGCACGCGGUACAGCAUUGAGGAGAUGUGCACCGACUUCUGGCGAUGGCAGACGAUGAACCCAGACGGGUACCCCAAGAAGAACAAGACCACCGUCAUUGUCAAUGGGAAGAGUUAACGCCACUUAGAUCGUAUCUCAUUAUUACAUAAGGAUUUUAUUUAUA